AUGCCUUCGUUAACUGUCCUCGUGCUUGGCGGUACCGGGCCCGCGGGCAUUUGUCUACUUCGUGAGCUACUUCAUCGGAAACACAAAGUAGUGGCAUAUGCACGAAGACCUCAAAAGAUUCCAGAAGACUUGAUCUCCGAUCCAUCACUUGAGAUCGUCAAAGGAGAUCUGUCUGACAAAGCAGCUCUCGACCGAGCCGUGGUCAAGGUCAACAUGGUCAUUUCGCUCCUCGGACCUCUAAUCACCGAUCGCACCUCGCCCCCAAACGCUAUCCCCGACUUCUACAAAAACUCCCUCUUUCCCGCGAUGCGACGACACGGCGUUAAGCGAAUCUUUGCCAUGGGAACGCUCACUAUCACCCAGAAACAAGAUUCAUGGACUGUCCUCCAACCAACAGUCAAUCUCAUGGUCCGCACCGUUUUUUCAAACGCUUAUCGCGCUAUUACCGCGAUCGGUAAAACAUUCGAGACCGACGCCAAGGACCUCGAUUGGACCAUGUUCCGUAUCUCGGCUAUCCCUGGGGGCUCUGACAAGGAAAGCUGGGCGAAAGAUAGGCAGGACGGGAAGUCUUUUGUGGGAUAUGUUGGGCAGAAGGGUUAUACCUAUUCUUUCCCACGGGGCGCGCUGGCGAGAUGGCUUGUUGAUGCUGCUGAGAGUGGGCUACAGGAUUGGGUGCGCAAGGCACCUGCGGUGUCCAAACUGUCUGGUAGCUAA